CCGUGAGGCUUUGCCUUGUUCACAUGACUAAUACGUCACGUGGAGUUGGUCAAAACAGGUUAUAAGCAGAAAUCAGCUUUUAAAGAAGCUGACUGAUGUGAACCGACUAAAGACCGCGGAUUUUAACGGAUAAUUUAGUAUCAGUUAUGGCAAAUCCCGAAAAGAGGCUGACAGGACUUGUUGCUGCCACAUUUACUCCGUUAACAACGCAUGGUGAAGUCAACACUUCAGAGAUUGGACCUUAUGUUGACUACCUAAGAGACAAGCAAGGUGUGAAUAACAUAUUUGUGAAUGGCACCACCGGAGAGAGCAUGUCUCUCACUGUUGCAGAGAGAAAGUUACUGGCAGAGGAGUGGUGCAAAAGAGCAAAGGGAAAACUUGACCAAGUGAUUGUGCAUGUCGGCUGCAUGAGUGUUAAAGAUUCACAAGAGCUGGCUUCUCAUGCUGCUCAGAUUAAGGCUGAUGGAAUUGCAGUGAUUGCACCGUCCUUCUUUAAACCAAGCACUGCAGGCGCAUUGCUGGAAUAUCUUCAGCAGGUGGCUUCAGUGGCUCCAACUUUGCCUUUCUAUUACUACCACAUGCCUGGAAUCACUGGUGUGAACUUUCCAGUAGCAGACAUGCUGGACAGUAUCGAGAAAGUCAUUCCAUCCUUCAGAGGUGUGAAGUUCACCGGGAGUGACCUGAUGGACUUUGGCCAGUGUGUCAGCAAAAGUCAGCCCCACUGGUCAGUUCUGUACGGCAUUGAUGAGCAACUUCUAGCAGCAGUGGCAUUGGGUGCCCAUGGAGCAGUUGGCAGCACGUACAACUAUAUUGGAUCCCAUAUUAACCAGCUUUUGUCAGCCUUUGAAAGAGGCGACCUGGCCCAAGCCAGGAACAUACAGUUCAAGAUUCAGGACCUUAUCGGCUUUGCAGUCAAGCAGGGGUUCAACGUAGGAGUGAACAAGCAGCUGAUGUGUGAGGUGUCCGGUUUGAAUUUGGGACCGCCUCGCAGUCCUCUGACGCAGUGUCCUCAGGCUCUUGCUCUGUCCAUCAAGGAGAAAUAUCAAGCAUUGUUUGGCCAGUGAUUGGUUCCCAUCAAAUUGCUACCUCCUGCCACAGACUUGUAACGGUCUGUCUCACAUGUUACUGUAAAGUUGCUCCUCCAAUGGACAUGACUACCUGUGUUCCAGAUUGCCUUGUCACUUAGUUUUGUAUUGUAUUAUGUCCAAGAUUAUUACAUUGUUCAUUCUAAUAUACUGCAUUGUAAUACACUUUAACUUACAAUAUAUCUUAAAGAUUUAGUUAUUUUUAAACUUGAAUGGUAACAACCACUUUGGCAAAUAAGACAAACCCGCAGUAAAUCAUGGCAUUAUGGUGAACAGUAAAAGCUAUAGCUGAACCUGAAUUGUGAACUGCAUGUGCUUCUGUAUGUUGAAAUGACCUUUAAUAAAAUAAUUUUAGU